UCCUCGGCGGCGGAUUGGCGGGAUGCCGCACGGGGGCGGGCUCAGGCCCGCGGUGCAGGGAAGAGGCUGUUGGAGCUGAGCGUGUGGGGCCGGCCGGCCGGCGGUGGCUGCCUGCGGGGCCGGAAGCCUCGUGGCUGAGGAGCGCGCGGAGCGGCUUCUGAUGAAACCACAGCCAGGACUGGAGGAGUCGCUGAACCCUUCCUUGCUCCAAAUCUUUGACUCUUCAAGCUUCCUUCAGGAAGCUUCUCAAACCCAGAGGAGAGGGAGAAGCAGCAGCUACUUGUGCUAGAGAACACACCCUGCUCUGGAAGCAGAGUGGUGAAUCAGGAAGGCGAGAGGAAGUGACUGCAUGUGGACUUUUGAGACAAAAUGCUUUCUCUGAAGAAAUAUUUCACUGAAGGGCUCAUUCAAUUCACCAUUCUACUCAGCUUGAUAGGUGUUCGUGUGGACGUGGAUACCUACCUGAACUCGCAGCUUCCCCCUCUGAGGGAAAUCAUUCUGGGCCAGAGCUCUGCUUACACCCAGACGCAGUUCCACAACCUGCGGAACACCUUGGACGGAUAUGGCAUCCAUCCAAAAAGUGUAGACCUGGACUAUUACUUCACAGCCCGCAGGCUCCUCAACCAGGUGAGGGCCCUGGACAGGUUCCAGGUGCCCACCACCGAAGUAAAUGCCUGGUUGGUGCAUAGAGACCCGGAGGGUUCUGUGUCCAAUGCCCAGCCCAGCCCAGCCAUCACCCUUGAGAAUGGCAGUGGCCUGCAAGAUGGGACCAAUCCUGACAAUGGCAUGAGGGAGAGCGGAGCUGAGCAAGGAUUUGGUGAAGAAUUGGAAGACCUAGGAGCAGUGGCUCCUCCAGUGAAUGGAGACUUGACCAAAGAGGACAUCGAUUUGAUUGACAUCCUGUGGAGACAGGAUAUUGAUCUGGGCGCUGGGCGAGAGAUUUUUGACUACAGCCAUCGCCAGAAGGAGAGCGACGUGGACAAAGAACCGAGCGAUGGGAGGGAGCCUGGGGACAGCUGGAGGAGCGGCGGGAAUGAGACGGUGGAGAGAAACGUGCUAGUUGAUGGAGAGACGGGGGAGAGUUUCCCUGCACAGGUGGCGGGCGUGGAGGAUCAGACGGCCCUGUCGCUGGAGGAGUGCCUUAGGCUGCUGGAAGCCAGCUUCCCGUUCGGGGAGAACUCGGAGUUUCCAGCUGCAGAUGCCUCCCACCUAAACGAAGCUGUGCCUAGUGGAAGCGUCUCUCCAGCUCUCCAGAACGGCCUCCUGUCUCCUCUGCUGACCGAGACUGAGUCCCCGUUCGACCUGGAGCAGCAGUGGCAGGACCUUAUGUCUAUAAUGGAAAUGCAGGCUAUGGAAGUGAGCAACACGGACACUGAAAUCCUGUACAAUGGCACAAAUGGAGACCCGCUGGCUGCUAACUACAGUCUCGCGCCGAGCACUCCCAUCCAUCAGAACGUCAGCCUGCAUCAGGCAUCUCUGGGGAGCUGCGCACAGGACCUGUCCUCCCUCUUCAGCUCGGAGAUCGAGAGCCCCUCCGUGGCUAGCAGCUCAGCCCUGCUCCAGCUGGCUCCGGACAACUCCACUGGCCUCAACACCACCUUUGGAGCGACCAACCUGAGUGGGAUCUUCUUCCCUCCACAGCUGAACAGCACAGGCAACGAGACCACGGGCCCUGGCCUGCCUGACCCCUUGGGAGGUCUUCUAGACGAAGCCAUGCUUGAUGAGAUCAGCUUGAUGGACCUGGCGAUUGAAGAAGGUUUCAACCCAGUGCAGGCCUCUCAGCUCGAAGAAGAGUUUGAUUCUGACUCAGGGCUUUCUCUGGACUCUAGCCAUAGUCCUGCUUCUUUCAGUAGCUCAGAAGCCUCCUCUUCCUCCUCCUCCUCCUCCUCUUCCUCUUCCUCCUCUUCUUCCUCUUUUUCCGAGGAAGGCGCCGUCGGCUAUAGCUCAGACUCUGAAAAUGUGGACUUUGAAGAAACAGAAGGGGCAGUUGGAUACCAGCCGGAGUACAGCAAGUUCUGCCGCAUGAGCUAUCAAGACCCGUCCGAGUUACGCUACUUGCCUUACCUUGAGCAUGUUGGUCACAACCACACCUAUAACAUGGCACCUGGCGCGCAGGACCCUGACGAGCCCCACCUGCCAGCUGUAGCGAAGAAGAGCAGCAAGGAGAAGCAAUCUGACUUCCUGGACAAACAGAUGAGCCGGGACGAGCAUCGAGCGAGGGCCAUGAAGAUCCCUUUCACCAAUGAGAAGAUCAUAAACCUGCCAGUGGAGGAGUUCAAUGAGCUUCUCUCCAAGUACCAGCUGAGUGAGGCACAGCUGAGCUUGAUCCGGGACAUCAGGAGGAGGGGCAAGAAUAAGAUGGCUGCCCAGAACUGCCGCAAGAGGAAACUGGACACCAUCCUGAACCUGGAACGGGACGUGGAAGACUUGCAGAGGGACAAAUCCAAACUGCUCAGGGAGAAGGUGGAAUUUCUCAAGUCCCUUCGCCAGAUGAAACAGAAGGUGCAAAACUUGUACCAGGAAGUGUUUGGGCGCCUGCGUGACGAGAACGGCCGGCCCUACUCUCCAAAUCAGUACUCCCUCCAGUAUGCCAACGAUGGCAGUGUGCUCUUGAUCCCUCGCCCCUUGGCCGACCAGCAGGCCAGGCGGCAGGAGAGAAAGCAGAAAGACAGGAGGAAGUGAGCCGGGGGAGGAGGAGGGCGCUCACUAAAGUUAGGAACUGGAGAAGGGCCGAGCCUGGAAGUACUAGAGGAACUUUCAUGCCUUCUUAUCCAAUAUAUCUUCUCAAACAUGACUGCUGCCGGUCAGUGUAUAGGGAGAGACUGCUGCACAUGGAGGGUGCAGGACCUGCACAGUGAGUUUCUGAUGGCUCCCAUCAGGGAGUGACCAGGGAGCAACAGACAGUGAACUGGGCAAGCCCAGCUCCCUCUACGGCCUGGGAUCCUUUGAGUCUGGGGAAUAAGCUGGCAUCCUUGGUGGUGAGAAUCUGCAGAAGACGGAGAAACUACUGCUUAGGGACUGGCUUCAAGAGAUUUAAGCAAAUGAGCUUAAAACAAAGUUAUAGGAGAGAGACUUUUCUGAACUUCCAAAGUUCUGUGACUUCAGGUAGUCGUUUUUUUUUUUUUUUUUUUCUUUCUUUCCCUGAACCAGUUUUGACAUUGGUGUGUGAUAAAACCUGAUUUAAUUCCAGAUUAACCAACUUCCCCCUUCCUAGAUCAGACCAGUGCAUACAUGAAAACACAUGCGGGGGUGACAUUAAUUAACUCUUUCCGGUCUGAGGAUCCUUAGAUGGGGCGAGGAGAGACGGGAGCUCUUACCUUGAGGCGCUGCGAAGGUCUGCGUCCUGAGGAGGGUGAGCAGCGGUGGGGUAGGUGGGCCUGGAAAGGGUUAAUAGAACCACUGUGAUGGAUCCCCCAUGAAACUCGAGCGUGUCACUGCCAAUGAGCCAGCAUCGUGGCGUUAGCCGACAUGGCAAGCACCGUCUCCUUCCACAGACUGGCCAGGGAACCCGUUGGGUGGGGGGACUUGGGUCUAAAGCUGGUCUGCAGUCCGUUCCUUUCCGGCUGCAGGAGUCUGAGGAGCUGGCUGCUGGAUGGCUUGAAAGGAGACGUGGGGUUGGGCGUCGCAAUCCCGGUGGGCAUAUCGCACAAUAAGGGGAGCAGAUGGUUCCUACCCCAGAAGUGGGCUUGUCAUUAUAGAACUAGACAUCUGUUCGGAUUCCUGUUUCUUAACCACGCUUUGUGUUUCGGGCGCGUUCCCAGUAGGCUGUAGAGUGCUUGUGCGCAGUGAGAGAAGCCCCAGUGUUCAGAGCUGCUCAGUGUAACCGUGUGAACACAUGAUAAGAUUCUCUUCUGUCCCUAGGUGUUGGUCUGACGUCCUUUGUUUUAAGAAAGGGGGGGCGGGUAGUGCCUUGAUUGCUGCUAGUCUUGGUCCCUGAGGCCAAGGCAAUCCUAGAAGCUGUAUUUACAAUAUAGCACAGCUGGGCGUGUACUGACUUUUACCAGCAACUGACAAGCAAAAUGGCUUUCCCAGCCAGUCCUGUGCGUGUCCUAUGGGGUGAGGGCGGAGCACUGACUGGAGAACGUGCAUCCUAUGGAGAACAUGGGAUCUGCAGCGCAAGGAAGCUGGCGAUGAGACGCGAGAGCAAAGGUCUGCUGUUGGCAGCCUGGAGAGCUCCGAUUGCACACGACAGCCCCGCAAAAGGAGGCGGGCUUGGUCUAAAAUGCGUAUUUCAGGCUAUCUUCAAAGCCGAGCUGCGGGCGCUUGGGUAGUAUAUUCACUGUGCCAUGGUCCCAUGCUGGACAGCAGGAGAUGGACUAGCUAGGACUAAGCAGGUCGCUUCCAUCUUUAACUUCCGUGAGUCAAUGGCUUUACUUUCUUAUAUGCAUGAGAUGAAGCACAAGUAGUGGAGAGGUGGUUCGGGUGCAGGGGGGUCGGAAUGGAGCCUUGAGUGAAUGUCUUAAAUUAUUUUCCUCUUAGAAGAUUUAUUUUGAUGCUCUGUGACCUGUCAGGGAGAGAAGAGAUUGUGUGAGCACAGGACAAAUAAAACGGCUUAUUCACUGUA